UAGGUUGAGACGCAGAGAGCUGCAAGGAGUGGCAGCGCGAGCCGAAUAGUGCCUGAGAGCGCCUGAGAGCGGGAGGAGUGUGUCGGGGGCGAGCAGAAGAAAAGAGCAAAAGGUGGAGCAAACCAGAGGAGAGAUCAUCCUUUGUGAGAGAGAAGCACCGAUACACAGACCGCCAUGGCCAACAGCACCACCGUUUUCACCAGCACAGCCGCCAACGCCACGGCCCUACCCGGCGGUCUCUCGUGGCCGCCAGGGGUGGCCCUGCUCUCCCGGGUCUCCAUGCAGGUGCAGGAGGUCUACCCCUUCCACGACGGCUGGAACGUGGCCUGCUUCGUCAUCCUGCUGCUCUUCAUCCUCACCGUCAUCUCCCUGGCCGUGCUGGCCGUGCUCUACGAGCUGCUGGACUGUGGCUGCUGUGCCAAGGGCAAGACCCACCAGCAGCUCCGCGAGGAGAGCCCAGCCUCCUGCAGUGGCUGCCACUGCCCGGGCUACGUGUCCCAGACGGAGGUGGUGUAGGGCGAGGGAGAGGUGGAGGCGAGGAGGAGUCGGGGGUAGGGGGGGAAGGGGAGGUGGAGGCGGAUGUAAGGCGGGCCGGAGGCAGGAGCUCUCAACCGUCCAUUACUACAGCAUUCAAGGCCGUCCCCAAAGGACAUAUGAAGCGGUUCGUAGUACACUAAGAGCACGUCGCUGACAUGGGGUGCAGCGCGAUGCAAGCAAAUGGGCAGAUGAGACAGAGACUGUAGUCAAUGGAUAUAAAGAGUUGAUGCCUAUGCAUUGUGCAUGGUAAUUUACAGAUUGUUAUCUCCCUCAGAAGAAAGCUAACGCUGCACCUCUGAACACCAUGUCAUGUCAGACGCAAGCGCAGCCCCAAAGAGCUAUUUUACCUUUACCGUAAUAACAACUAAGAGCCAUCAAAUUGGUGUACAUGAAAUAGAAAAUAUUAAUACAAAGACUCCACCUCGGUUGCUUUAACACAAUGAAUUCAUUUUGUAUUGAUCAACAGCAUUAUUAAACAUCCAUUUCACAGGAUGAUAGAGAACUUUUACCACAUGCUAAACAUUCUUUAGAUUUGGCAAAUCUCCUGUCAAAUGGGAUCAUUGUGUGUGUGUGUGUGUGUGUGUGUGUGUGUGUGUGUGUGUGUGUGUGUGUGUGUGUGUGUGUGUGUGUGUGUGUGUGUGUGUGUGUGUGUGUGUGUGUGUGUGUGUGUGUGUGUGUGUGUUCAGGGCUCCACACUGAAGCCCAUUCUCUUCACUUAUAUGCAACUACAAAUAGAGAUCUGCUCCCAAAAUACAAUUUAGGACGAUUUGUUGUGAUAAAGUAUAUUUUGUACUUUUGUUUAAUUUAUUAUUAUUUACAUUAUUAUAAAGAGACAAAAGUAUUAUAACUUUAGGGAAUGGACCUUGCAGUGGGCAAAUACAUUCAAUGACACAAACAUCUUGUGUGCCCCUUCUUUUCUUCAUGUGCCCCUAACAUUUUGAGACACUACAGAACACCUUGGGAAAAAGUACCCUUAGAGAACCCCUUGUGUGUUUAGGGGAAAUCAUUCAAGUGGCAUCACUCUAUGGACUGUAUUGACAACAACCAUGAACAACAGAAAACAGAAAAAAUAUAUAAUAUAAUUGUCUUAGGUGGAUUUGUUUACUCCAGUAUUCUCAUUAUUGACUUGCCAAUGUGGUAAAUACGUAUUGAUUUGCAUCACUGUGUGCUGGCCAGUGAACCCAUCUGCACAGUGAUGCAAGUAGCUAUAAUCCUUUUAAGCACACUAUGUGUUAAUAUGCCUUAACACAACAUGUCCAAUAAAUGGUAAAAUGAU